AUGGCAGAACAUAAACUUUCUAUUCCUACUUUAUUUCCAAAAAAUAAAAAUAAUAAAAGUAGCAGUACACAUUCCUCCCCAACAAAAUUAUUUCAUACUUCUUCACCAACACAUUCUUUACUAUAUCUUCGACCUAUUAGCCCUUCAUUACCAAAUAAAAGAAGGCAAUUAUUCCCAGGAAAGGCCCACAGAUCACUUUCACAAUCUACAAGUUCUACAACUGUACAUUGGUUAAAUAAUAAUAUUGAAAAUGGAGAUAAUGGGAAAAUAAAUUUUGGAAAUGGAUUGAUUGCUAUUUUACAAAAAGCCCUCUGCACCAACAACAAUUCUCAACAAAAUAAUUACCGAACCGUUUUAACAAAUCGAAGAGAGUCCCCCGAUUCUGGACUUGAAUUGGAACAACGAACUGAAGUUAGUGGUUCUGGUAAUGAAGAAAUUAAUGAAAGUAAUGGAGAACGUAAAUUAUCGUCAGCAAAACAGCAAAAUAAAAAGGUAGGAAAAACACAGAAUUUAAUAAAUCUGUCUAGUUUUUACUUUUUUGCGGGGUUAGUAGAAAGAAUUUAUAUUUAUCCAAACUCGUUAUUUUUUAAAAAUUUUAUUUUAAAAUUAGAACCAGACAUUUAUACCAAGUUAUGUUAAACAAUUUUUGGGUUGUUUAGUAAGUAGAGUUGCACACUGAUCCCGUUUCCGAACGAUUUUUUCACAAUUUUCCCCGACCCGAACCCUCCCCCGAAACAAUUUAGAGAUCUCGUACCCCGACACAUCCUCCCUGACCUUAAUUCCUAACCUGACCUUAAUUC